AUGGAGUAUAGACUUCUCCUGAUAACAUUAAUUUUGUUAUUUAAUUGUAACAUUGUUAGAACAUUUAUGUUGGAUUGGCUGUGGAAAACGAAAACAGAUUCGAAUGUCCUGGUUGCCGAUGGUGUACCUCUGAUCUCAAUUCCUUAUGAAUCGAUGACAGAAGAUGAGAAAUUUCUCCAAGAAGCUUCCAAGUUCACUGACAUCCAGCUUUCUUCCCCAUUAGAGAUUUGUCAGCACAAGGUCAUCAUGAAGAUUAAAACCUCAUGCUCCGACAUGUCAGAGGAGGAACUGGCAAAGCUGGGUGUCAAUCUCCUUAACUGCCAAUCAGCAGUUGAAGGCAGGAAGAUGUUUCCCUGCACUGAAGAAAUGUCUCUUAAGCAAUGCACAACUGACAUGGAUGCUGAUAUGUGGAAUGCGUAUCACUUAAUAAGUAACAGAGCAAGGGCAAUUUGUUAUGCAGCUCGAAAUACACAAUUCCGUGCUCUUACAGAGUUGACUGUCAAUAAGCUGAUGCAGUCUGCGCAUUCUCAAAUCAAGACACUGAGUUCCUUGAAGGAAGGCCAAGAUCGUCUGGAAGAACAAACAACAGAAGCUCUAUUAUCAUUGACUGAAAAAAACAAGUUACUUUUAUCACAACAAGAAAACUUGAAGGAUGCUCAGGCAACAGCUCAAAAUCUUGUAACAAAAAACCUAAGAAAGUUGUAUAAUGAAAAAGCGUUAAUACAAUCUGGCCAUGCUCAGCUUGCUGCAAUGACGGAAGAAAUAAAAAACAAAUUAGAAAAGGCUCAUAAAGAUAUGGAACAACAGGCUGUCGAACGUGGAGAAAAUCAUAAAGAAGUAUUGCAGGAUUUGUUUAGCAUACAGGAACAAGCACAAAUGAUCUGGGAGAAAAUCGAACAUAACACUAAUCAUUUGUUACAACAACAUGAGGAAACCAUCCAUCAAUACGAACAAACGAUGCAGAUGCUUACGCAAAUUAAUGAUACUGUCCAGUACAUUUGGAAUCUCACUAAUACAAUGAGCACCGAAGUAAAUCAAAAAUUGGGAUGGAUUACUACUUAUAUCGGUGAUUCUGGUGAACAAAUACAAAGAGCAUAUCGCACAGUUUUACAUGUUUUGUAUUUAUUAGUGGCGAUGAUAGUCGCUGCAUUUUUACAAGCACCUUUUUUAACCAGAGCUACUAUCAUGGGCAUUGUACCAGCGAAUCUUUUCACCUACUUGAAACAUGGCAUGGGGGCUUGUUUAGAUUUUACAUCUAUAACGGUGUUAAUAUUCUUGAUCACCGCAAUGCAUUUUAUAAUGAUCGGAAUACAACGUAUAAUCGGACCAAACGUCCCGGAAGCAAAGACAGAGUUAAUUAAGCUGAUUCAUCAACAAAAAGGCUAUUCGAAUGGAAUUGUACACGAUAAUACAUCUUUAUCGAAUUCUGAUUCCAUGCCAAAAAUGCAGUUGCAUACAAGAUUAAUAAGUACAGUGCAGAAACUUUACUAUCUCAGCAUUUCGCAUAUAAAUUAUUUCAGAGGAAAAAUUAAUGCCUUGUUAGAGGCGGUCGCUUCUUGGGGUGGACGCAAUUUAAAUGCCCAUGAAGAGCUCUCUUGUUCGUAUCAACCGUCGAGGAAGAAGCAUGAGGGCGUUAUUUACUUGCAACCUAAAUUAGCGACAAGUUUGACAGAAUGUGAUUCUUCUAUCGAUAGCGAAAUGCGGCAGUAUCAUUAUUUCGGAGAUCAUAGCACAAACGAUUUCAAUGACACAGAGAAUUUCCGGUAUAACAUGGAUUUGCCGCGAACUAGAAGUAAUACUCCGAUGAUGAAAUUAUCUUGUAUGGGAAUAACGAAAAAUGGUAGGAGAUGUCGAGCGUUCGUUUCACCCGGAUAUAACUACUGUUACCGUCAUUCUACUGGCACAUCUAUUACGAGUGAUCAUCUUGAUUAAUCGAAAAAGGAUUAAUAAUUGUAAAAUAGUUAGUAAUGUGUAUCUAAUAAUUGUUAAAA